AUGAUCCACGUGUUACCCUUUGAGAUUCUCUCCGACAUCCUCCUUCUCGCCGCCAAGGCGAAUGAGGAGGAAAACGAACGCUUUACAUAUGGUCUCUCCCAGACCUCUCUCCCUCUCGAGCKCGCAAAACUCUCCCGCUAURUCCGUGGACCCGUGACGGCCGAACAUCUGCGAUGGGAUGCCACCCAGUCCAUCCGUCAAGUUUGCUCGCGCUGGCACGACUGGGCUCUUUCCUACAACCUCGAGCAUGUGUUUGAACGAAAGGGCUGCGGAUCCGAAAGAUGGGCUGAACUAUCGCGCAACCGCCGCAAGUACAGUAUCUACGAACUGAUCGAUCGACCGUCCGGCCAUUCCGUCUUUCAAGAUCCCGUCGGUUCCCUCCGCAAGACCGACAAUACCUUCCACAACCUUCCCCAUCUCACCAAACAUGUCCGACGACUGUGGUUCAACGGCUUCCACACCGCCGAGACCGACAAGCACAUCCUCUCCAUUGUCUCCGAGUGCGACCAUCUCCAGUUCCUUAGUGUGCCCUGGACCAUCCUUCGUCGGAGUACAGUGGAUGACUGGAUCGAUUUGUUGAACCUCAACACCGGUCAUGGAAGCGCCCUGCAAUCUCUGGAGAUGUUGGCCGUCUGUCUGCCCAAGAACCAGGCCCAAGCGCUCGAGCAUGGUACCACUUCCAACCCAUUGUUGGAUCCUCGAGUCGAUUUCUCCGGCCUGAAGCGUCUGAAGAUCUUCGGCAACACCCUACACAACCCAAUCACCGACACCGACCUCUCCCUCAUCGCCCGCACCGCCACCAACCUCGAAGCGCUGGAUGUCUCCAACAUCAGCACCAUCUCGGUCGCCGGCGUUCUAGCCCUUGUCAAGGCCUCGGCUCGUACCCUGCAAGUCCUGGAGCACUCUCCCCGCUCCGACGAUGGCUUCUACCACCCCAACCCCGGCCAGAUCCCCGAUGACGAACACGUCUGCACUCUUCUGACAUCUCUUCCCCGAAUGCGCGACUUGAGCGUCAGCAUCCCUACCAUGUGCCCCUCCCUCUUCAGCGACGAGAAUGUGCAAUGGGAAGGAGAAUGCCAAGUCCGCGCGCUGGACAUUUGUGGCUGUUCCCCUUCCACCCCCGGUCCCAAGCGUGCCAUUGCGUUGAAGAAAGUGUUGAAUGCAGCAAAGGGACUGAUGGCCGCCCGCGAACGCAUGCGCAAGAAUCUCUCCCUCGAACUCUUCUUCGCCGGCUGUAUCUUCGACGUCGGCAAGGGAUUGGUGCAUGGUGACUUUGUCGUCGCAGAGGUUCGCAGUCAUGGAAUCUGGCCACGGCACCGCACCGUCAGCAUGAAGGGACCCUAUGGAACGACGGGCGUGUAUGGAAAGGAGGAAGGAGCUGUGUGGGAUGCGGUGGGAGAGGAGGAGUUUCUCGAGGGAGUGGAGAAGGGGUGGAUUCAGCUGUGA